AUGAAUUCGGCCCAAAUUAUCUUAGUAAGUUGUGACGAACGUCAAUUCAAAGUAGAUCACAUCGUUGCUGAGAAAUCAAUCACCAUCAAGAAUCUUAUUGGAACUUUAAAUCCAGAUGGAAUCACUGAAGAUUUUGAAAUCCCGUUACCAAAUGUCAAAGGUGAAGCUUUAGAUAAAGUUUUAGAAUGGUUUAAAUAUCAUAAAGAUACCCAUUUCAAAUACAAGUGGGUUCCUCACCUGGAUCUGGAUGACGAUUAUUUUAGAAAGGAUCAACUUGAAACCAUUGAAGAUUGGGAUGGAGAUUUCCUUAAAGUUGAUAAAUAUAUGUUAUUUGAUAUCAUUGUUGCCGCAAAUUACUUAGAUAUUGGUCCUUUAAGAUCUAUGGCAUGUAACACUGUUGCUGAUAUGAUUAGAGUUAGAUCUGAAUCCACGUUAAGAAGAAUGUUCUUUGGUACUGGUAGUUCAAUUGAAACUGAUGAAAGGCCAACAUCUGAAACUAAGGUUACAAUUGUUGAAGAAGGCAAACAAAAUGCAUGA